AUGCGCGUCAACGCGCCGACGUCCCCGUCGUUCGCCGGGCCCCCGAAGCUGCGCGACCUUCUCGCGCACCUCGCGGCCGUCGCGCCGCGCGUGCGAGUCGUCGCGCUGGACGCGCUCGGCGCCCCGCUCGAAGUCGACGACGCUGGCACGACGACGGAGACGACGACGGACGACGGCGCUUUUGGCGCCCUGGACGAGGCGACGGAGUCGCUCGCGUGCGUCGUCGACGGCGCGUUCGUCGCGACGGUCGUCGGCCUCGCCGGCGCCGCGGGGCUCGUGCGCGGCGACGGCGACGACGUCGCGACGGGAGGAGGAGGAGGAGGAGGAGGAGGAGGAGGAGACGGUCGCGCGACGACGCCGACGGUGACCGUGGCGACGUGCGAGUCGUCGCCGAUCGCGCGCGGCGCGACGGCGGACGGCGCGGCGGCGAAGACCGUGGCGGCGUCGCGACCGAGCCGCGCGCACGAGCUGCUGACGACGCGCGCGAGGGAGGUGUUCGCCGCGGCGAUGGCGACGGGAGCGACGGGAGAUGAGGGCGCGUCGGCAUCGGGGGGGGGCGGAGAAAAACGGCGGACUUCGAUCACUAAGCGACUCGCCGCGAUCGAAGCGCUCGCGCUGUGGCUGGACGAUCACCACGACGUGUUCACCGCGGGGGAUCCCGCGAACGAUGGGAAGGUGCUCGCGCCGGACUUGGACCGCGGGGGCGUGCUCGUCCCGUCGCGGCUGUUGCGAUGACCUUUGAGCGUCUAGAAUCUGAUACUGCUGAAGGAUCUGAUUGAUGAAUAGAUUUGUCGGGCGCGCGAGUUUGGCCGCGCCCGCCGUGCCC